CCUAGUAUGAAAGCUUUCAGUCCUGUGAGAUCCGUCAGGAAAAACAGCCUCUCUGAACACACCCUGGGAAUAUCCCGGAGCAAAACCCCCGUGGAUGAUCCUAUGAGUUUGCUAUACAACAUGAAUGACUGCUACUCCAAACUGAAAGAGCUAGUGCCCAGCAUCCCUCAGAACAAGAAAGUGAGCAAGAUGGAAAUCCUGCAGCACGUUAUUGACUACAUCCUGGACCUGCAAAUUGCUUUAGACUCACACCCCAGUAUUGUCAGCCUCCAUCACCAGAGACCAGGACCAAAUCCUUCCUCCAGAACUCCUCUGACCACCUUAAACACAGACAUCAGCAUCUUGUCAUUACAGGCAUCUGAAUUCCCUUCAGAAUUAAUGUCAAAUGACAGCAAAGCACUUUGUGGCUAA